AUGCAACGAUUUAUUGUCCCUCUAGUCCUGGCCUUGGCUACCAGCGUCAAAACAGUCCAAGAGCGAUCACGGUUCCCAAGUCAUUCGGUAGCAUCAGAAUCCCAGAUCAAACUCGCCAUAGAGAACAACUACGACGACACUGGCCCAGGGGCGAAGACGCCGCAAUACGCAUACAAUACUUACAAAACACUAGAAGAAGCACUAGUCAGUUACAUGGAUGAUCCUGACACCAAGUUGCCAGAAAGUGAGAGAAUGAAGGCAUUCAACAGGUUAAUCAACAGUCCGAAAGAAUACCAACCAUACAUUUCAUCAGAGCCGAUACGAGAAUACCCCAAGAGUGUUGCAGAAUACACUGGAUACAGAGAAAUACCUCAGAUACCUCCGAUUACGCUGAAGAAAUACACUUGGCCUGAGAAACAUGUGCUGUACCAGAAUUCCAGGACCACCCUGGGAGUUUAUAAUUUGAGAGGAAUCUCUUUAAGCAACGUCAAUUCUGUUGUGCCUAGAGAGAGGCCACAGACGUAUAAGUUAGAGAACGUUCGCUUGCCGGGACCGGUGAGAAGCCAUAUUUCGGACUACUAUCCUUAUAUCUCCAAUAUCAAUCAGUAUCAGGACCGCUUUGCGAACCCUCAAUAUUCCUUAUCUAAAGGCAUUUACAACAAGUUUUCUGGAGACUUAAAAUCACCUCACGAGACCCGAAAUGGUGACUCAGUACGUGGCUUCUACAGCUUCACGGACGCCGAUGGUAGACAGCGCACUUUUCACUACACUGCAGACGACAAACUGGGCUUCAAAGCAGGAGUCGCAAGGAAUAACCGAGACAACCAUUAA